AUGAAGUCCGUGCUGUUCAGCCGCUUUUUCAUCCUCCUGCCCUGGAUCCUAAUCGUCAUCAUCAUGCUCGACGUGGACACCCGCAGGCCCGCGCCCCCGCUCACCCCGCGCCCCUACUUCUCCCCCUACGUCUUGGGCCGCGGGGGUGCACGACUCCCUCUCCGCAGGGGCGGCCCCGGGCGCGGCUUGGAGAAGCGCAACCAGUCGCGGCCGCAGCUACAGCCGCAGCCAGAGUCGGAACCGCCUCUGCCCACCAUCUAUGCCAUCACUCCCACCUACAGCCGCCCGGUGCAGAAAGCCGAGCUGACCCGCCUGGCCAACACGUUCCGCCAGGUGGCGCAGCUGCACUGGAUCCUGGUGGAGGAUGCGGCGGCGCGCAGCGAGCUGGUGAGCCGCUUCCUGGCGCGGGCCGGCCUGCCUAGCACGCACCUGCACGUGCCCACCCCGCGGCGCUACAAGCGGCCGGGACUGCCGCGCGCCACCGAGCAGCGCAACGCCGGCCUCGCCUGGCUGCGCCAGAGACACCAGCACCAGCACGCUCAGCCCGGUGUGCUCUUCUUCGCCGACGACGACAACACCUACAGCCUGGAGCUCUUCCAGGAGAUGCGAACCACACGCAAGGUCUCUGUCUGGCCAGUGGGCCUGGUCGGCGGGCGACGCUAUGAACGUCCGUUGGUGGAAAAUGGCAAAGUCGUUGGCUGGUACACCGGCUGGAGAGCAGACAGGCCUUUUGCCAUCGACAUGGCAGGAUUUGCUGUCAGCCUUCAAGUCAUCUUGUCCAACCCAAAAGCUGUAUUUAAACGCCGUGGAUCCCAGCCAGGGAUGCAAGAAUCUGACUUUCUAAAACAGAUAACAACAGUUGAAGAACUGGAGCCGAAAGCAAAUAACUGCACCAAGGUUCUUGUGUGGCACACUCGGACAGAGAAGGUUAAUCUGGCCAACGAGCCAAAGUACCGCCUGGACACAGUGAAGAUUGAGGUAUAAAUGGAAGCAGCAGCAGAUGCAGUUUGCCUGGCCGACGAUGUGGAAGAGGGCGAUUGGAGGUUAGGCUACAGAGCAUUCAGGUAUUAUUCAUUUCACUUCAGUACA